AUGGAGUACUUACAGAAAUAUAUGGAAGAUUUAGAACACUUGCCACCUCAUUUGCGACAAGAAUUUGAAAUUAUGCGUGAUCUUGAUCAAAAAGUCCAGGAUAUCAUUCGUCAAACACAACAACGCACAACCUAUCUAUUUGAACAUGCAUAUGAAAUGUCCAAAGAGGAACGCAAAGCACAAAUUGAACAAAUACAAAGUUUAUUUAAAAAAGGCAAAGAAAUUAGUAACGAUAAGGUGUCCAGAGCUGAAAGUGCUUAUGAACUAGUUGACAAACAAAUACGUCGACUAGAUGCAGAUAUGUUUGAAUUCAAAAAGGCAUUAGCUGAAAAAGAGUCUAAGAAAGUGAAAAAAUCUCGAACAAAACAAGAACAAGAGCCGGUUAAUUCUCCUAAAAUCCCAGCUACUGCUGCAUUGGCAUUGGCAUUGACGAAUAAUCCUAGAGAAGUAUUAGACAUGCCAGUUGAUCCAAAUGAACCUACCUAUUGUAUAUGUCAACAAGUAUCCUAUGGCGAAAUGGUUGCGUGUGAUAAUCGUGAUUGUGCAAUUGAAUGGUUCCAUUUCGAGUGUGUUGGUUUAGUGAAUAAACCACGUGGACAAUGGUAUUGUCCUCAGUGUAUAGCUCAGGGAUUUCCUUUGAAAAAAGAUGACUAGUAAAACCAUGACAGACAACUUUAAUUGUCUGACUUCUUUGUUCUUGUAUUUUACGAUGCUUGUUGUAUCUCAUCAACAAUAUCUUCCUCUUUUAUUUCUUUUCGCAUUAUGUAAUUUGCACUGUGUAAAUAGAUGAAUAUUCCAGCGU